AUGGCAUCGACAUCAGGGCUGUCUCGCAGGCGCGGCGCACAAGGAGCAAAGCCAGAAGGAGGCGCUCUCGCCCCGUCGUCCACUCAACCCUCGCUCUCGCCCUCACACUCGAGGCCGACGUCUCCGCUGAGCGCACCCGGACAGCCGUCGAAUGCCAGCCCCGUCGGACACAAGGUCGCGUACGACGAGCGCGACCUGAACAACUCGGAGGACGAGAGGGUCAACCCGCGACUGACGCUCAUGGAGGAGGUCCUCUUGCUCGGGUUGAAGGACAAGCAGGGCUACCUCUCCUUCUGGAACGACAACAUCUCGUACACUCUCCGCGGCUGCAUCGUCCUCGAACUCGCACUGCGACACCGAAUCGCCAUGGUGCGGGACCCGAAUCGGCGUCGGUUUCCCCUCGCAGACCGGUACAUCGAGGUGAUUGACGAUAAGUUGACGGGAGAAGUGUUGCUUGACGAGGCGCUCAAGAUGAUGAAGGUGUCGGAGCGGAUGAGCGUUGGGACCUGGAUCGACCUCAUGAGCGGCGAAACAUGGAACGUGAUGAAGAUCGGUUACCAGCUGAAGCAAGUGCGCGAGCGACUCGCAAAAGGCCUGGUCGACAAAGGUGUCCUGCGAACCGAGAAGCGCAACUUCCUCCUCUUCGACAUGGCGACGCACCCCGUCUCGGACCCAACCUUCAAAGACGACGUCCUCCGACGGACACUCUCGCUCCUCACCUCCCGCACCGCCGCAGUCCCGACUUCCAACAUGUACGGCGACGAAGUCCGGUACCGCACCAUCCGCGCCGUCUCGAUGGUCUGCGCCGCGUUUGCCGCAAACGUACUCGAGAACGCACUCGUCCACCUAUCGUACGACCAGCGCGAAAACGCUUUCGCAAAAGCGGACGAACUCCUCGCCGACUUUUCGCAGUGGCCGUUCGGCGCGUACGGGCCUUCUGGGAUCGCGGGAGGAGGGAUGGGAGGAGGAGUUGCGGGUGGGGCGGUAGGAAGCAAGACGAGCGGGACACGACCAGGCGGGAUCGCGACAGGCGGGAGUGCAUCGAGCGCAGAGUCGGCCAACCUCGCCGAGAUCAUGCGCCUUGCGAGACUUGAAACGGUCGGACAGGGAACGGGCGACUCGCCGGGUGGGGCGGAGAAGCAGACGCAGAGGGAGUUGUGCCUUGAGGUCGUCGCGGCGUGUGUCGAGGUGUUCCGGAGGAUGGACAGCUUGCUCUGA